GCAGCUCACCUGCUUCCAGUCCCAACUUCACCCGCUCUGAAAAGCGGGAGAAAUACAACAGUUGGGGGUUGGUGGUGGGGAUUUUCAAAAUAAAAUGCCCUCAUAUAUCUGUAGUUGUUGAAGCCUCUGAAGACGCAGCAGCUUCUGUCUGUUCAUCUGUCCCCCUCCAUGAAUCCUAACGGUCAGUGUGUGGGAACGGGGCCGCAUGCGGAGCACAUUCUCUGAGGUGGGGGAGUGUGUGUGCGAGUGUGUGUGGAUCCCACAGUGAUCCUCUAAGACUGACGUCUCUCCGGUAGCGCAGAAGAAGACCGCAGCCGGGCUCCUCCACACACUUGAGCGCAGCCAGGCAGCAGGCAGCCUUACCCCGCAGAGUGAGGCAGAAAUCCGUGGAUCAGGUGGAGGAAGCCGGAGUUCCCCAGCAUGUUCACCCUGCGGAAAGCUGCGUUCAGUCACGCUCCUCAGGCGACCGUUUGAUUCCGCUGGAGCGCAGACUGCUACUGCUGUUGCUGCUGCUUUUCCCCCUCUCCGUCUCUCUUGAUCAAACCUCUGAUGUGAAGAACCGAACCUCUGCACAGCUGAAAUGAUGUGGACCUCUCAUGAUACUGUUGGAUUUGUUUUCCUAGCCGCAUUCUGUGUUCAGUUCGGAUUCUCCUUUGAAGGUCGCUUUACGGAUCUGCCCUCCAACAUGACGGUUAAAGAGGGCCAAAACAUAGAAAUGGCAUGCGCCUUCCAGAGCGGAACCGCGUCUGUGUAUCUGGAGAUCCAGUGGUGGUUCGUGAAGGCUCCGGAGCCCACCGACAGCGAAGAGGAGGUGGACGCCCAAGAGAUGGAGAUGAUACCAGAGCCCGAUCCUGAUGACGAGGGGACCAAAAUAAGUACAGUAAAGGUCCAGGGCAACGACAUCUCACACAAGCUACAGAUGUCCAGAGUCAGCAAGAACGACGAAGGACUCUACGAGUGCCGGGUGACCCGAGCCAACUACGGAGAGAUUGUGGAGUACAAAGCCCAAGCCUGGCUUAGGGUCAACGCCACAGCCAGGCCUCGACGGCCACUGCCACCUGCCAAGAAGAGCUCCCCACUGCACCUGACAGACAAGAAGCCAAGAAAGUCCACCUCACCUCUGAGCCAAGACAACAUGAGUUCAGACCAGAGGGUGGCCUCCACGUCCUCCUCCCACACAUCCUCCAACACAGCUAAACGCUACCCCAGCUCAGGUACAAGAAUAUUGUCCGGCUCCGGACCUGCUGUCCUGCUUCUGGCGUGUGGCCUGGUGAGGGAUGCCUUGUUAUAAUUUGAGAACAGUCGUGAUUUGCUCCACGAUGUUGGCCCAGCUGUGUGCUUCGAAAGCAAACAGAGGAUCAAAAAAAAAAGAAAAAAGAAAAUUGCCUGUUUUACUCCCUUCGCCACCCACUGACCACAACCCUGAACUCCACCAUGCGGACAGCACAGUUUGCUCCUCAUUUUCUCGCCACUUCUGCUCUUGCACUUAGCACAUUAUUAGUAGCCACUAUAAACACCAGUCACAACGGCAGCAGAAGGAGCAUCUUUUCUACAGACGCCUGGUCGACGCCAGCAGAGACGCCGCCUAACACCUGGACUCUAUCUUGUUGGAUAACUCUCAUGGAAGAAUGACUUUCUUAAAGUUUUGCUGUUGACGUUUCUGUGUUCAUUGCUCAAAAGUAAACGAGAAAAUCAAGGAAUCUAUAUUUGUGUAGUAUAUAUGAUCCUAGCUAUAUGUCUGUUUUAUUUGAAACACAUAGGACUAAUGUAUGUGCUGUAUACAUAGCUGCUGCUGAUAUUGGCCAUUGAUCAUUGUGAAUAGGCACUCUAGCCUUCUCCAGAUGAGAUAAAUCUAAUACAAGUCUGUGUUAAAUUAGACGAUUGAUGUUAACCUUUAAGUUAAAAGGGUCAUUCUUUUCAUUUCUCUUUCAGCCGUAUUAGCCAUCCAAAUUUCAGAUGUGCAUAAUUUUACAUCCUGUUGGUGAUUCAUCAUCAGAAGUGCAUGCUUGGUCUGGAGGUUUUGAAGAUUAGGAAAAUAUCUGACCUACAUGAGACGACAUUUGGAGUUUAAUGUUCCAAUGUUUUGAACUGCAGUUUCUUUUUCUGUGCUAGCUUUGGUGUGAAAAUAAUGUCCUCUUGUCAUUUUAAUUUGUAAUGCACCCUUAGUAGGAAUAAAAAAAACAGAAAGUCACUAUUUAUGAGUUAUUGUAAAUCCUGAUACGUGACAACUGGAUGAUUGAUUCUGACCACCAUUAAUCUCUGAAAUGUUUCAGUGGCUAAUCACAAAGGAGGGAUUUAAUGAACUGUAGAUCAGAAAUGCCAACGCAGGAACACAGAGGAUCUAGACCCUGACCACACCCUUGUUUAAAUGCCAGGUAUUCCUAAUGUUGUAUUAUGAAAUCAAGGUAAAUCAUGAAACGCAUAAAACUCUUCUUCUGUGUUAAAUGGGACAAAUUCUACAAGGUCUAACUGCAAAACAGCCAUCAUUAACAGACUACAAACAAACUGCGAUGCUAUGUGAUGUCAAGGUUUUUAUUCUGUGCUUUCAGGUCACUUUGGAGUUGUCAACCAUUCACACAGAAGACCAAUUACAAUCGCGAUCACCUCAUUCAGCAGGAGGAAUGUUCAUGAAAAAAAAAUUUAAAAAUCGGACUUCAGUAAAAAAUUGGAAUCGAGCUGCUGUGUGAACAUAGUCUUAAUUAUGGUGGUACAUGCAUGUAACUUAAUCAAACAUCAAUCUUUGGCAGGGAGGAGGCCAAUGGAUGGAUGAAUGUAGAAAACUUCAUCUUCUACACCACUAAGCAGGCCCUGUAAUAAGGGUGUGUUGAGUUUUUAGAUUUGCUGUAUUUUUACAUUUCUCACAGAUAAUGUAAGCAAGACUGUGAUGAAAUAACAACCAGUUAGACAGAAUUAUACACGACGGCCUUCAAGAGAAGAGUGUUAGUUUUGUUGAAAUUUCUUCUCUUUGAUCUGGCCCUGCUACAUAUUUUACAGCUUUACAUAAAGCGCAUGUUUCCCAGGAUAUUUUUAAUGUGCACCGAGGAUUUAUGAAUGAAACGCUUUGACAAUCUGGCACAAACACUGGAAGAGCGGCGGCUGGAAGAGCGGCGGCUGGAAGAGCGGCGGCUGCAAGAUCUUUAACAUGACCCAAAAACUAAAAUGAAUCUGUUAUUGUUGACUUUUGAGCCCCAUCCAGCAGAAACUCGGAUUCUAAUUCAAGCAGAAACAGCCAUGAAUGACAGAGCAGCAGAUAUGUGAAAGUUAUCCUCCAUGAGUACAGUGUUGCCAAAGCACUGCAGUUAUCCCAACAAUGAGAUCAGCAGCUGAUCAAUAGCACAUCUUUUAUCGUUUAUUCAAAACCCCAAACUAUGAGGUGGCCAAACAAAAUAAGCAUGAAUAUGUAGCCCUAUAUUUGUGGUAUGGCAUAAACUAAGAACUAAUAGGCAACAAAACAGCUCAACAUGCAAUAAUCCCUCUGCUGUGUGUUCUCGAAAUGCAAAACCUCACUUUACAGAGCCGAAUCCCCUCUCCUGUAUAGUUUAUCACGUUGCCAAAGAACGGUUUAGGGGGAACUUGUUGAUUCAGCAGCGAGGUCCACAGGCUGAUGGAGCACAGGGUGCUUCCCGAGACCCCGAGACGUUCCAGCAAGACACGGCGCACCGUGCAGCACCGCACUGCACCGCGCCGCACAGGGCAGGAAGGGUCAGCCCGCUCUAAUCCCUCUAAUUCCAAACCGCCACAGCUAAUCUACCAUCACUGUCUCAUUUUCGCCAUUCUGCCGUGACUGGGGGACUGAUUGUUUUUAAAUGAGACCUGUUAUAUAAUAUAGUUCAGAAAGUUUAUUUUGCAAGAAGAAAAUAAAAAUAUAAUAAUUAUAGUAGGGCAAUUUAUUUUCCAGAGAUGAGAAUGGGAUCGUGAUGCUGAUUCCACUGAAAGUUUGUCUGAAUGCUUUCGGAGAGUGUGUUCAGUCCGAGUGGGCGUUUUAUCCAAACCGCCGUGUAAAAAAACUAACAAAAAAGCGUUACAGAUCUGUAUAACUUGUAAAUGAAUUAAGAAGCAUGUUAACGUUUUAUUUUCUGUUGGGUUUUUUUCAGAGCCAUUUGAAUAGGCAGAGGCCAGUGAUGUACUGUAUUUGUAACAAUAGUACCAUGUAUUCAUAUUCACGUGUUAAGAAGUCCGAAGUGGAUUUUACAUCUCUUGAAAAUGAACUUGCAUAAGAUGUGUUUUUGAGGAAAAAGAAGAUUCUAUAUCCAUAUAUAUAUAUAUAUGUAUAAAUAGAUAUAUCAAAAACAUCUCCAUGGUUCUAUCCUAUUCUAGGGGGGUUAGCUUGAUGGUUCCUCCCCCCCCACUUAACAUUGAAUAAUAAAGAAGGAGAGACUGGAGCUUUGACUGAAAUUGUAUCGUUACUGGAAAGGUGGAUUAGCUUCUCAGUCUCUAGCAGCUCACGCUCCGGCGGCAGGUCCUUCUUCCAGGGAUGUUCUCUCAGACACAUCGCUCAACGAUCCUUCUGUUCUGUUUCAGGAAGCCACGCUCUUCAUCCACUCUAAAUGUGUUUGUUUCUUCUAAUAAUGUAUCUCCAUCUUUGAUGCGGUCCUGUCUGUCUGUAAGCUGUCAGAACUCUAAAGAACUCUGGUUCUCUUUUUCUUUGGUAUUGUGUGAGGCUUCUGUAAUGAAACAUUGCAACCGUUUGUAUUAUAAUGACAGUAUCAGAAUAAUAUUUAAAUAAAUCAUUUUCACAGAUGAAAUUCAAA